GGGAGUGCGGAAGCCUUCGCAAAGUCCCCCUUCUCGUCUAUUUACAUGUGCAGAUCGGGCACCGCCGUUAUAACGGUGUUUCCUUAAACAGACGACCUGUGCAAAAAAAAAGAAACCUAUAUACACUGCGAUUUUUUUUUCAACACCUCUCUUAAGCUGGGAAAACCAGAAACAAGCCCUACCCCCCCCCCCACCACCCCAAAAAUAAGACAACGCUAUUUUAUCAGCCUUUUUCUAAAAAAAAUUAACACGUCAGUGAUGGAGAGCAACGAUUUAGGGAUCGUUGUUAAUGGAACUCAAGUUUCUUACAUUGGUCAGGACUGUGAAGCUAUUCCAGAAUUUCUGGGAACAAAAUAUGGAGAUUUCGCCAAGCGACUAGAUCUUAGUUUCAAUUUGCUCAGGUCAUUGGAAGGACUGGAAGCAUUCAGCUGUCUGGAAGAGCUGAUUCUGGACAACAAUCUCCUCACAAAUGACCUCCAGUUGCCCAGGUUACCACACCUUCAUACCCUGACAAUCAACAAGAAUCAAAUAACAGAAUUAGACAGCCUUUUGGAUCAUUUAGCUGAAGUGUUGCCCUUCCUUAAGUACCUCAGUCUUCUAGGAAAUAAAGCCUGUCCCAAUGAACUUGUUAGUUUGGACAAUGAUGAAAGUGACUACCAGAGAUACAGAUAUUUUAUCCUUCACAAACUGACAAACCUGAAGUUCUUAGAUGCAAGAAAAGUCACAAGAAAAGAACGAGUGGAAGCCGUAACUCGGGGUGCCUUCAUGAAAAUUGUGAAACCCAAGGAUGAUACGGCUUCCAGUGGCUUUGGCUCCAGCACACCAGCCUCGCAGCAGUACACCCCACUGCCUCAAGCAAACCGGGAUCCCUCCAAUCACAGAGGUAUUUUGGCAAAAUGUCACUACAUCUACCGGGGAAGGCACUCUGAGGGGAACAGAUUCAUCCGUGACGACCAGCUUUAAAGUAGGAUUCUUUUUGCCUGCACGUUUGCACCUCUUUGCAAUGUGAAAAAAAGUGAAAAAUUAUUUCCAAAUAAAAAAAACACGGAGAUCACAACUUCAGCCUGCUCGUGCCUUCUGCUGACUUUGCCUUGCCUGUCAAGAUCAACCUUUCAGUCUAGUCUGAGCAGUCACAUAGAGAUUGACAUGAUUGCCUUUAAGCAGGUCCCUUCUAUUGGCAUGACAGACAGCUGCACUGAAGCUCCAGGCCUGACAGGAUGAGCUUCAUGAUGGAUUGCCUGGUACAACUGCAGCUCGUGGGAGGGCAGAGGUCACACCUGAGGUUGAACUGAGCAUGCUUAUUGCAUUGCACCAAGUUCCAGAAAGUCACAUUAAGGCCUUACGCCACUCAUUACAAUGACUUGUUGUUGAGUAAUGGGGAAAAUUCUGUAUCAUUUUAUAGAUGACUGUGGACAUGGUGAAAUGAAUAGUCAUAUUAAACCGUAAAUCCCAUUUGACUGACCAACAUUAUUUCAGGGACUUUAUCCUGAUUUAUCUUUUGCCUUAUGGGUCUUAUUUUGAGCUUGGAAGAUUAAAUAUCAACUCCAUUAGAUGAGAUUCUGUCUUUUACUUUGAUCAGUGAGGGCUCACGAACAAAAUUGACAACUCGAGCAGGCUGAAUAGAUUGCACUUCUAUCACUAUGGGGUUUUGAGUUUUGAUAUAUUGACAACUAAGCCUACCUUUUCCAAAGCUCUUUCUUUAAAAACAACAGUGCACCAUUUGUAAAGGUAAAAUAUUUGUUCCCUUGUACUCUGGGCCACUUAGCAGAAUUUGAGCCAAAUUUGUGAUUUAUCCCCUAACAUUUAUUUCUCGAAGAGGGAAUAAAAUUGCCCCAUACUGUUGCAUACAUCCUCCAUGCUUGAAUUUUUGAAAACGAGAUUCAAUGGCAUCUUUGGAGAAAGAGAUCUUGCCUUUUAUUGAUGAAAGUGAAUAAAAUGCGGAAACAAAACAAUUUAGCUGAAGCAGUUAAAUGCAGUGGCUAAACUUGUCAGCUACUUGUUUCUCUUCAUAGCUUUGCUGUUUUGUGAUAUUAAAUAGAGCGGCUAAAUGUUUUGAUGUGCGUGAUUUUCUCAACAGAGUUGCUGUUUUGUCCUAUUAAAUAGACUCUGAACUUUCUGCUCCGGGUGUUUUUCUCCACAGUUGUUACUUUGUGCUAUUAUAAGAUGGAGUCAACUUUUGGAUAAAUGCGUUUUUCUAUUCAGCAUUACUAUUUUGCAGUAUUGAAGCAGAUGAUGUACUAAGAAUUUUGUGUGAUCUGUUUUCUCAGCAGAUCUGUUGAAAAUGUUUACAGUGAUGAGUAAUGUUUACUGUAAAGCCAAUGACCUGUCCAAACAAUAUGAAGUUAUUGCAAGUAAUAUUUACACAUAUUAAGAAUAUUAUGUUUUCAUUGUUUGUGUUUAAAGACUGAUCAAGUAAAAUUCCUUGCCUGACUAGUUUGUGUCUGACACAGAUUGGGUCAGUUUGCAUUUAUGCAAUUUACAAGACAUGUUUUCUGCAGUCUUGUUAUUUGGCUCGGUUGUGGGUGAUUUGUGUCUAAAAUAAAAUCAUUUGUUUCUCCGUGAGAA